AUGGCGAAUUCUCCGAAGAAAGUUCAAAAUCCGAGACCCUCAUCAGUGUUAAUCGACCCCGUAUACUCUUCAAUGAUCACGCUAUUGAUAUUAGUGAUGGCCUGCGUCGAAAUUUGCGACGCCGUAACGGUGGUUGAUGUGUAUCGGCUUGUACAGUACGAUAUUGGAGGCGUGCCGUUCGGAUCUCGACUCGCGUCACUCAACCAUCACGCUGGUUCUUCGCUUUUUUCUUCGUCGUCUGGGGCUGCCGCGGAUCUCUCCCGCACUGUUCUCAUCCUUCCCGUCCGCGAAUUGAAUCUUACCUUCAUUAAAGAAUAUAUUACGCAUAGAAAGCCAUUAGGCGGUCUAUUGCUUCUACUUCCCCCAGCUUUUAGUCCUUACUCAGAAAGUGUGGGUAGAGCUCAUCAUGAUUCUGCAAAAGACCUUAUGAAAGAAGUAUUGGCUGAACUAGAGCAGUUACUCAUACAUGCCAACACCCCUUAUCCAGUUUACUUUGGUUUUGAGGAUGAUAGUAUUAAUACUGUGCUAGCUGAUGUCAAGAAGAAUGAUGCUACUGGUCAACUGGCGACUGCCACAACUGGCGGAUACAAGCUUGUCGUUGCUGCGCCAGAACCCAAGAAAGUUGCAUCUCCAACCAUUGUAAAUAUUCAGGGGUGGUUGCCAGGAUUGAAAGCUGAUGGUGAUUCAAAUCAACUUCCAACUAUUGCCAUAGUGGCAUCAUAUGACACGUUUGGAGCUGCACCAGCGUUAUCAGUGGGAAGUGAUAGCAAUGGAAGUGGUGUUGUGGCUCUUCUUGAAAUAGCGAGGUUGUUUUCUAUUUUAUAUUCAAAUCCUAAAACUAGAGGAAGGUAUAAUUUACUCUUUGGGCUGACAUCUGGUGGACCUUAUAACUAUAAUGGAACUUACAAGUGGCUUAGGAGUUUGGAUCAGCGUCAACGCGAGACUAUUGAUUAUGCUGUUUGCUUGAAUAGCAUUGGCUCAUUUAACAAUGAUCUAUGGAUUCAUGUUUCCAAGCCUCCAGAAAAUGCUUACAUAAAGCAAAUUUUUGAGGGUUUCUCUAAUGUAGCAGAAGAAUUGGGGCUCAAAGUUGGCCUGAAACACAAAAAGAUAAACAUCUCUAACACUCGAGUGGCCUGGGAGCACGAGCAAUUUUCGAGACUGAGAGUCACAGCUGUAACACUCUCUGAGCUAUCUGUUGCACCUGAAUUGCUGCAAAACACUGGAGGUCUAUCAGAUAACAGACAUUUUGUUGAUGAAGCUUCAAUAAGUCGAAGUGUCAAGUUAGUUGCUGAAAGUCUGGCGAGACAUAUUUAUGACCUGAAGGGGAAAGACAUCAAUAUAUUUGCGGAUAAUAGUAGUUUAGCUGUCAAUCCUUCGCAUAUACAUUCAUGGUUAGACCUUUUGUCAACAACACCUCGAGUGGCACCAUUUCUUUCAAAAACUAACCCUCUCGUCAUGGCGCUGAAAAAGGAAUUAGCAGAUCAUACCAUCGAGGUGAAUGUACAACAGGAAGUUCUUGAUGGAAUGUUCUCUCUUUAUGAUACAACAACUGGGAGGUUGCAUAUAUAUCAGGUUGCCAGUGUAACAUUCGACUUGCUUUUGCUGCUAGUCCUCGGAUCAUACUUGAUUGUUCUUUUCAGUUUUCUAGUCAUCACAACCAAGGGUCUUGAUGAUCUCAUCAGUCUAUUUCGUCGUCCCCCUUCCCGCAAAGUGAAAACGGCUUGA